AUGUCUAUUGCCAGUGUAGCUCUUGGUCCUGUAUACGAUGAAUCUUUGAACUUCCCUGGUCGACAUGGGCUGUCAUCGGGUGACUCCAUUUUGAUAUACCUGAGUGUUGGUGAGUCUGUGAUUCCGAUGUGUGUCACUGAGUCGGAUUCCAUUGCUGCGGUGAAACUGAGAAUCCAGGCCUCGAAAGGGUUUUUUGUGAAGAAACAGAAGCUGGUUUUUGAAGGUAGGGAAUUGGCUAGGAACAAUUCUUGUGUUAGGGACUAUGGGGUAACUGAUGGGAACCUGUUGCACUUGGUACUUAGGCUUUCGGAUCUCCAGGCUAUUACUGUUAGGACUGUAUGUGGCAAGGAGUUUGAGUUGCAUGUUGAGAGGAGUAGGAAUGUCGGUUAUGUGAAACAACAGAUUACUAAGAAAGGGAGAGAGUCUGUGGAUCUCAACGAUCAGGAACUUUUAUGUGAUGGCGAAGAGCUUGAAGAUCAGAGACUCAUCAAUGAUAUAUGCAAAAGUAAUGAUGCUGUUAUUCAUUUGCUUGUUAGGAAAUCUGCAAAGGUCAGAGCUAAACCUAUAGAGAAGGAUUUUGUAGUGUCAAUUGAGGCUUUAAAUUUGAAUGAGAAGAAGCCUGCUUGUACCAAAGACGUUGUGGGAUGUCAAGUUUUAGGGAGGAAGUCAAUUGGAAGAGAAGUCAUUUUGGAACCUCUAAUUGUAAAUCCGAAGAUUGAAUUUUCGAUAGGGAUCAAAAAGCUUAUUUACUCUACUUUGGAUGGGCUAGAAAGAGGCUGUGUGCCAAUUCCCUCUUCAGAUGGAUCUGGUGGAGCUUAUUUUAUGCAAGACUCAUCUGGUAUGAAGUAUGUUUCUGUUUUUAAGCCAAUAGAUGAGGAACCGAUGGCAGUGAACAAUCCUCGAGGACUGCCCUUGUCAUUAAAUGGUGAAGGUUUGAAGAAGGGUACAAGGGUCGGAGAAGGGGCAUUGAGGGAAGUUGCAGCUUACACUCUGGAUCAUCCAAUGACUGGACCUCGUACGUUUUAUAAUGAGGAGAAGGGUUUUGCCGGGGUGCCACCCACAGUUAUGGUGAAGUGUUUGCACAAUGGAUUUAAUCAUCCAGAAGGUUAUAAGUCUGCUGCCAAGAACAUGAAGAUUGGAUCACUUCAAAUGUUCAUGAAAAACCAAGGAAGUUGCGAAGAUAUUGGUCCUCGUGCUUUUCCAGUGCAAGAGGUACAUAAAAUUUCUGUGUUGGACAUGAGGUUGGCAAAUGCAGACAGGCAUGCUGGAAACAUACUGAUUAGCAGGGAUAGUGAAGACAGUGAGAUAGUGCUUAUUCCCAUUGAUCAUGGGUAUUGUUUGCCCGAGAAAUUUGAAGAUUGCACAUUUGAUUGGCUUUACUGGCCUCAAGCUCAACAACCUUUUUCCUCAGACACUAUUGACUAUAUCAAAUCACUAGAUGCUGAACAAGAUAUUGGACUUUUGAAGUUUCAUGGAUGGAACCUACCACCCGAUUGUGCGCGCACUCUUCGUAUUUCCACCAUGCUCUUAAAGAAAGGUGCAGAGAGAGGACUCACUCCUUUUGCCAUUGGAAGCCUCAUGUGUAGGGAGACUUUGAAGAAAAAAUCUGUUAUUGAACAGAUCAUUCAAGAAGCAAAAGAAGCUGAACUCCCUGGAACAAGUGAGGCUUCAUUUCUCGAAUCCGUUUCAUCAAUUAUGGAUCGCUACCUUGACAAGCUUUACUAAAAAUACUACAUACUGAAUGCAAGGCAUGAUGCCUUUUGUCGAUAUGCUCUUUGUCAAUCUCUAAUGGCUUGCAG